CCCCCUGGGAUGUGUUAAUUGCCCCCGGGGGGGGGUAAACGCCCCCUCCCCACUGCGCAUGCGCGGCUCACCUCAGCGCGCAGCCGGGGGCGGGGCCGAGCCCCCGCCUCUCUCCCUUCCCCCCCUCCCCCACACCGCGCAUGCGCGGCUCCGGUUCCGCGCCGCGCCGCCGUGUGGGCGUGGCCGGGCGUCCGCCGCGCUCCCAUUGGCCCGCCCGGAGCGAAAGGGGCGUGGCCGGAAGGGAGGCGGGGAAAGGGGGCGUGGCCAGGAGCGGCGGGAGGGCAGCGGCGGAGCCGGGGGCGCCUCGCGCCCCGCCAUGCCGCCCCCCCUGUGCCUCCGCUGCCGCCGCCCCGCCGCCCUCCGCCGCCCGCGCACCGGCGAGGCGCUGUGCCGCCCCUGCUUCGUGGCCGCCUUCGAGGCCGAAGCCCACCGCGCCCUGCUGGCCGGCGGCCCCCCGCGGCCCGGCGAGACCGUGGCCGUGGCCUCCUCGGGGGGGAAGGACUCGGCGGUCCUCGCCCACCUCCUCGCCCGCCUCGAGGGGCGCCACGGCUACGGCAUGCGCCUGGUGCUGCUCUCGGUGGACGAGGGCAUCGCCGGCUACCGCGACGCCUCGCUGGGGGCCGUGAGGAGGGGGCGGGGGGCUCUGCCCCUCCUGGUGGUCUCCUUCGAGGAGCUCUUCGGCUGGAGCAUGGACCGGGUGGCGCGGCGCCUGGCGGGGGGCGCCAGCCACUGCACCUUCUGCGGGGUGCUGCGGCGGCAGGCGCUGGAGAGGGGGGCCAGGCUGCUGGGGGUCGACCGGAUCGCCACGGGCCACAACGCCGACGACAUCGCCGAGACGGUGCUGAUGAACUUCCUGCGCGGGGACGUGGCCCGGCUGCGCCGCGCGGCCACCGAGGCCACCGCCACGGCCACCGAGGCCACCGGGACCACCGAGGCCACCACGAGCCCCCUGGAGGCCACCAAGACCCGUCUGGAGGCCACCACGGACUCCCCAAAAUGCUCCACGGCCUCCGUGACCAGCGGGAGCCCCGUGGAGGCCACCAGAAAUUCUACGGAAGUCAUCGCGAAGUCCACGGAGGCCACCACAGAGCGUUUGGAGGCCACCGCGGGGCCUGUGGAGGCCACCAGGAGCCCCACGAAGGUUCCUACGGCCUCCACAACCUCCGCCAACUCCAUGGAGACCACCACGAACCCCACGGAGACCACCACCAACCCCAUGGAGACCCCCACAAAGCUUGUGGAGGCCACCAGCAGCCCCAUGGAGACCACCACGGACCCUAUGGAGACCACCACGAAGCCUUUGGAGACCACCAGGAGCCCCACGAAGGUUCCCACAGCCUCCGCGACCACCACCAACGCCACGGAGCCCGCCACGAAGCCCACCAAGACCCCCACCAAGCCCACCAGGACGACCCCAAAGGCCACCACCAGGCGCCCCAAGCCCACCCACCACCCCGCGGCCCACCCACGGGUCCCGCGACCCCUGGAGGGCGGCCCGUGGCCCGCGGUGCCCCGUUGCAAGCCCCUGCGCCACGCCUACGAGAAGGAGAUCGUCCUCUACGCCUACUUCGAGGGCUUGGACUACGUCAGCACCGAGUGCGUCUACGCCCCCCACGCCUACCGGGGCCACGCGCGGGCUCUCCUCAAGGACCUGGAGGCCACCCGGGCCAGCACGGUGGCCGCCCUGGGCCACUCGGGCCGCCGGUUGGCGGUGGCCACCCAGGUGGCCACCAAGACGUUGGGGGCUUGCGGCCGUUGCGGCUACGCGGCCAGCCAGCCCCUCUGCAAGGCCUGCGUCCUCCUGGCCUCGCUCGAGCGCGGGUUGCCCCGCUUGGGGUUGGGCAAGAGGUCCUUGGGGUUGGCCACCGGGGAUGGUGGCCACGGGGCUAGUGGUCUUGGGGUUGGUAGCCAUGGGGUUGGUGGUCUUGGGGUUGGUGGCCAUGGGGUUGGUGGUCACGGGGUUGAUGGCCGUGACCUUGGUGCUCUUGGGGUUGGUGGCCGUGGGGUUGGUGGUCACGGGGCUGGUGGCCAUGGGGCUGGUGGCCGUGGGGAGGAGGAGGGGCCGGGGACAGUGGGGGAGGGGGAGCGGGAGGUGGAGGUGGAGGUGGUGGGCAGGGGGGGGCGCACGGUGCGGCGCCGGGUGCGGGGGCUGGGCCGGGCCCGGGGCGCGCUCAACAUCUGGGACUUCUAAGGGGGGGGGGCA